GAUGCCAUGCCUCAAAAAUGGCUUCGAUGCGAGGCAUCACAGGAGGGUCCGUGAUAGACAAAUGAAAUGCCAAGAUCGUCGCUGAACGAAUGAUGAGCCGCCGCUUGCGGUUGGAAACUGGUUACGAGAGGACUUCACGAUCCACCCAAGUGAACUUCCCCGCCAACGACUCAGUAUCGGCGAUCUAACGCGAAUAGUGCUGAGGCCGUUUCUCAGCCCGUUCUCAACUCUUCAGGAGUUGGGACCACCAGCAUGAAUGAAGCACACGAUUCUUCUGCUUGACGGACCGUCCCGAAGUUAUGAUCCUUCGUUCCUCUCCCUUUUCUUGACUCUGCGAGAGAAAUGUGGCACUACAAUCCAAGCAACGAAACGAAAGCUGCACUCGCGCAAAGACAACAAGUGCGCGGCACACGGUCGCGCACGGGUUGUCGGACCUGUCGCCAGCGCCCGUCGAGUAAAAUGCGAUGAAACUCCCGGUCAUUGUUACAACUGCUCCUCCACAGGACGGACAUGCGAGGGCUACGAUCCAACUCCUUUACCUCGUCCCAACACCUCCCAGCGGCACCGGGGGAUUUAUCCCCACCUCCCGCCGACAGUCACAACCGAAAUCCGCUGGCUCACCACUGCCGAUGAACGGCGAUGUUUCGCAUUCUUCCAAAGUCGCACUAUCCCGGACAUUCUUGGGGCCUUCGAUUCUCCUUUAUGGCAUCAACUUGUGCUGCAGAUAGCGCGGCUGGAUCCGGCCGUCUGUCACGCUGCGAUGGCGCUGGCCGCUGUCCACCAGGAGUGCCAGAAUACCGGCAUGGGGUUGCGUCCACUGGAAAAGCAUAGUCCUUGGAACUUGUUCGCUUACGACCAGGCUGCACGCUCGUUUGCCCUGCUCAGGCGACGGAAUCCCCGGGAUCCGCAGGUACCGCAGGUGGUACUGCUUGCUUGUAUUUUGUUUGUCAUGUUGAAUUUGGUCUGGAGGGAAUACGACGCGGCGUUUCGGCAUCUACGCAGUGGCCUGCGCAUCCUGGGUGAGCUCCAUCGCCAGGGAAUGCCGGUGUUUCAGAACGGACAGGGUUCACCCGUCGAUUGGCACAUAGUCACCGCCUUGCGACAACUCGACAUCCAGUCGACACAAUUCGGCUGCGAUGCACCGUUGCUUGAGACUCGCGAAGAGGCCCGACUGGCCCCAACUGCAGCCCAAUGGCAGACUAUCCGGAGUGUUGCUGAAGGACGUCGAGCGCUGGAUCCCCUCACGACCCUGACGCAUGAAUAUCUCAAACGGGGCUGGUCGUCUGAGAAGGAGCGCGACCCGGCUCGAUAUGCUUCGCUACAUCGCGAGCAGCUGGCACUCAUCUCGCUGCUGAAUCAGGCUAAGCGGGCCAUGCACGAAUUUCACAUUCGACAGUACGCCUCCCUCUCACCCAGGGAUCAAGUGGGGGCUGACAUACUCAAAGUCAACCUUCAUUGGCUUUGUUUGGGGCUGCGCGCGGCAUUCGUGCUUCCUGGACCAGCUUAUCUGGCGAGCAUUGCCUCUGAGUGUCACCAUAUUCUCACUACUUCGGAAGGGGUUAUCGCGAAACUUGCACCUCGUCGACCGGCGAUCCUGUUUGACACGGGCAUUAUCUCGCCAUUGUUCUUGGUGGCCUCCUUGUCACCAGAGUUUAGUGACCGUUGGCGAGCCAUUCUAGCCCUUCAUGCCUGGCCGCACUGCGAGGGGCCGUACAGCUCGGCAUUUCAUGCUCAUCUGGCCGAGAAGAUGUUGAAGGGAGAUCUGCGAGCUCGUAUCCGGGCCGAGCUGACUACCGCUCGGGGAAAGCCGCCGAACCCGCAGCUCCUUGAAGACCAGUUGGCGGAACGAUUGACGGCGAUCACGGGCCGUCCGGAGCUGCAGAUUGACGAGGAGAUAGAGCAGUAUCUGGACGAUCUCACGCAACCUAUGGCUGGAUGGCCGUGCGCACCUCUCUUGAUUCGGGCCGGAGUACUUUCUGAUCGACAGUUUGUGCCAUGACCAAGUUGUGUCAUCUCGAUGCACAGAUCAACCUUCUAGAUGCUUGACAAUAGGGACAUCGUCAUAGUCCGCGCAUCAGUGGCAGAAAGUUAAAGAUCAUUGACACGAACCAAUCUCCCCCGCGUCUCACAGCUGCCUGGCUGGGAGUGAAUCAACUCAGCACGUACUGGAGCGCUCAUCCCCGGGGAUCAAGGAGAACCACCACUACUAAUUUACUAGCAACGCAAGCGGCCUCUAAAUGAGGGUAUGUCCCAGCAUGCACUCGGGAUUUGCUAACUCGAGAAACUGUUCCAGGCCAAGGAAACUGGCACGGCAUACUAGGCUGGAACCGCCGAGAUUAUGACCG